AGGGAGCAUGAGCCUGCUGAAAGAGGAGAAAUCCUCAAAUCCUUCCACUGGAAUUUUUUCCUGACUGGAGCCAUGGUAACCAGAUAAGCAGUGUUAUUCCGUGGUUGUAACGAUAUGGCUGUUUGAUCCACAUCACACUGCAUGCAGAAUCUCCAUGCUUGUUUUGAAAGUGAAUAUGAGACAAUUAAUAAUGUGGGGCUUAUUUGGGUUUGGUAGGUUGUAAAUGGAUUGGUGUGUAGUAUCAAAAAAUGAACACAUCCGAGUUUUUGAAGGCUUUGAAAUUUGAUUUUGUGAUCACUUAAGGAACCCCAUCUGGAGAAAAUACUGUCGGCUACAUUUCUGCUCUGUCUGAGACGCCCUCGUUGUUUCCUCACGGGACAAUCUGGUCAGUGUCCUACGCAGCAAUGCAUCAUUUGUCUUGCUAGAGACAAAAAGCUCUUUAUCUGCAAGAAAGAAAAUCUACCAAAACAUGUGAAGAACACAUUCCUUGGUUUAUACUGGACCUCACUUUUUAAUAUGUUUAUCUUUGUCGAGAAUGUCGCACAGAUUCUGGGUUGGACUAAGAUCUAGGGACACUUAGUUGAGAUGGGUUUAUGCGAGUGGAGUCCUCACAAAGAUAGAAACGUGAGUUAGUGUGUUGAUGCAGUUGAUGUUGAAGUGAGAGCAGCUGCAGGACUCCACCAUGUGACCGUCCUCACAGGAAGCACUCCCUCACAGUCCUUCUCCUUUCUCCUCCUCCGUCUCCGCGCUGAUCGGAUCGGAACCGGAGCGUCUCGUCCAGCAUGCCGGCCUGCGGAGCGCUGCUCGGUCUGUGUCAGUACGAAACCAACAAACUGGUCCGGAUCCAGAGUGUCCGGCUCGGUUCUCUGAAGUGGAGCCUGAAUAUGGCCAUACUGCUCUUCAUCUGUAUCAUGAUGCUGUGGAACCGGAAGUACCAGGAGUUUGACCUGGUGGUGAGCUCCGUCACCACCAAGGUGAAGGGUGUCGCUCAGACCCACUUGUCUGGGGUGGGAGACAUCGUCUGGGACGUGGUGGACUACAGCGGGCCGUCACAGGACAAAAACUCCUUUUUUGUGGUGACCAAUGUCAUUGUGACAAAGAAUCAGACGCGGGGAAAAUGCCCAGAGGCUCCUCUUGAAGGUCGAUUCUGUCGUUCGGAUAAGGACUGUAAACCAGGAGGCUGGGAGCAGCAGAGCCAUGGGGUUCAGACGGGAUCGUGUGUGAAGUUUGACGUGUUUAAGAAGACCUGUGAAGUUUCUGCAUGGUGUCCAGUAGAAACCACAACGACCCCUAAAAGACCUGCUCUGCUGGAAGCCGCUGAGAACUUCACUGUCCUCAUCAAAAACAACAUCCGAUUCCCUGCGUUCAACUUCAUCCGGAGGAACAUCCUCCCAGAGAUGAACGACGCCUACCUGAGGAGCUGUCACCGAAGAAACGACUUGUUGUGUCCCAUCUUCAGACUGGGAGACAUAGUUCAAGAGGCUGGGGAAAAGUUCUCUGAGAUGGCAGUAGAGGGGGGCGUUAUUGGCAUUCUGAUCAAAUGGGACUGCAACCUGGACCGGUUCAUGCAGCACUGCCUCCCCAGAUACUCCUUCAGACGGCUGGACGAGAAAGAGAGCAACAAGACGCUCUACCCCGGCCUCAACUUCAGGUAUGCAAAGUACAAUAUUGUGAAUGGAGUGGAAGAGCGAACGCUGUACAAAGCCUUCGGGAUCAGAUUUGACAUCAUGGUGUUCGGACAGGCAGGAAAGUUCAGCUUCAUUCAGCUCAUCAUCUACAUUGGUUCAACGCUGUCGUACUACGCCCUGACGACUGUGUUCAUCGACUGGUUGAUUGGAACCAGCUGUUACUCUGCAGAGGUUGGACAUAACUACUCUGAGAGGAAAGUGGAGUCGGUCCAAGACAAGCAGAAGCUCAUCCUCUGUGUGUCCUACGUUGACGAGAACAACAUUCGACUAGUGAAGAUGUCGCAAAAGAGAAGUUUACAAGACAUCAAACCGAAGUCUGUUCUGCCUCGCGAGAAGGACCCAGGACACAUGAGAACUGUUCUCUGUCUCCUACAGCCAGAUGUCCGUGGUGACCACAACGCUCAGCCUCCACCCGAACAAAAAGUCAACAUGAAACCCCGCCGUCCGGCCUGGUGCAAGUGUGACUGCUGUGCUCCCUCCUCUCUCCACCAGGAGGAGCUGUGCUGCAGACAGAAGGACGGCGUCUGCAUCUCUUCCUCUCCUCUGUUUGAACAGCUGGUGCUACGACGCCCCCUACUGGAGGCUGUCCUGUUGUACUGGGACCCCUUGUCUCCAGAUUAUGUCCAGACCGCCGCCCUGCGUCACUGUGCCUACAAACAGUACAUCAGCUGGAGGUUUGGGAUCCCGCCGAAUGACACAUUUCCCGUUAUUCCCAGCUGCUGCGUCUGGAGAAUCAGGUCGGAGUAUCCGAGCCCUGAUGGACAGUACAGCGGCUUCAGACCUGUCAAGAUGGCUUCCAUGCAGGCAUGCGCCAAUGGAGAGUUGUGAUGUUUCCAGAGCAGAGACACCCUGACUGACUGAUCUACUAACUGGGAUUUAUGUUCAGUUUUUACUCAGCUGAGCAGAAAAAGCAAAUGAUUUUGUUUUUGUCAGCUUUGGGUUUGUUCAAAAGGAGAUAAAAGGGUGAAGAAAAACGUCACGAGUCAAUAAAGCACUGCAUCUGUCAAGUCGUUGGACUGCUUGCUUCUCUCAGUUUCACUCUCUCUGAGCAUUCUUUUGCCUUUAUAGGGCAGAAAUAACUUCAGUCAGGCUCAGACAAAAGAUUCUCCAGCCAAGAAUAUGUUCACGUCCAUCACAUCAUGUGAUGAAGAGUUUUGUGCAUGGGACAGACGGACUUUUUAACCCAUGAUUUUUCCAUCGGCACAACUAAAGCUGAAUAACUGCUUGUUUCAUCUGUUCAUGGGUCGGGGAUAAAGGUCAGCUGUCUCCGUAAAGUUGCCAUGUUUGAUGCCGUCAUGUUACUACAUUCUGAGACACUAACAAGUAGCUAUCAGUUUAGCUGAUGUAUGUGGUCAGUUUUGGAGGAGUUCUCAUCUAUUCAAAAUGUCAGAGUUGCUCAAAUGGUUUCACUUAUUUAUUUUUUGUUGUUUUCUUCUCUGAGGCCGGGCCAUAGACUGUUAAAAAAAAAAAGGCUGAUAAUGGAACACCUCCUUAAAAGUGAAGCCAAAGCAAGCUCCUCUUGGUAGCUGGCUGCAGUAUAAUUAAAUAAUAAUAAUGGUUGGCUACAGCAUAGAUCAGAAGCCCCACACCCUCCAUAUUAGUGGAUAUGAGGUGUGUGCAGCAACCUGUGGAGCUCUAUACUACUCAUGUGUAGUCCUGAUCUCAUCAUCAUGCCCAGUCUUCAUGGUCUGAAGUUAUCGACUCCUACGUGAAUGAACAAUCCUCCAACCUGACUAUGACACUGUUUAUAUCCAAUCAUUAUAGCAGCUAACUGACCUGUGAUGGAAUAACUGCUGCCACUAACAGUUUAUUUAUUAACUGUCAAGUAACAACAUCAGCUGUAUUUUGUAUUUGUAUCAUGAUUUGUUUCUACAUGUCUGCUUUAGUCAGAUGUACCUAUGACAGAUGUUUGUUUAUCUUGUUCCUGCUCCUCUUUCUUUUUUCCCCCCUGUCUCCCGUGUGGCCACAAGCGUAUGGGUCCCUCCAUAUGAGCUGGGUUUUGCUCAAGGUUUCUCCCUAUUAAAAGAGACUUUGUCCUGUC